AUGCCCCGCCACAAUAAACCCAGCGGUAUACCCCAUCCCAAUCCGCGUUAUUGUAAGCCUGGCGCAAAGGAGCUCGCGUUCAUCGCGUCUAUGAAUUGCGAGGGCAUGGUCGCGAGACUGGGUCUAACGGAUGCCGAAUGGUGGAUGACAAAGAAACGAUAUCUUCCCAUUCUACGAAAGACCCUCGAGGUCGAUAAGAGAUAUGACGAACAAGAUGCAGGCAAGCUGGCCGAAUUCAAGGAAAAGCACAAAGAGCCCCCAAUAUGGGAUUUAUCUCUCGCUAUGAAUGCGGCUGGCCCGUCGACGUCUACGUCCGACGUCACUUCAAUGAACGGCAUCGACAGAACCCGGGACGUGCACAUAGUGUGCUGCCCGGCACUGGACCAGAACAGUUCUCCCGAGAAAGACCGCACCGUAUCAUUCUCUCACUGCCUUGAAGCUGAUUCUCGUGCGCGAGCACCUAUGGCGAGCAUGUUGCGGAGGCACAUCUUGACAAAACUCGGCAAGGGGACCACUGGGGCCUCGGGCGCCAGCUCCGACGUGCAGACGAACGCCACCGCCUCUACAUCCCAGGUGCACAUUUGUGACGUCGCAGGCGACGAUUUUCGAUAUCUUGCGGAGCCCAUAGAAUGUUUGGGCCUCGACUCGCUGAGGACAAUCCGUAACAGGACGCGCUUGGGUCGCAUGAGACUACGAAAAUUCAUGAUGUUUGAGGCGGAUGAAUUCGGUGUCAGCGCCUCGCGGCUAGUCGCUGCAGCGCCUCUGAAAAGCUCGGGCGAGCCUGCGACCAUACCGACGGCCGAUCGGCGUAACGGUCGAGUGGGGCAAGGCGACGAUUGCGACAAACGCCUGAACAAGCCAGUGCACCUCUCGGGCGAGCCCACAACCAUACCGGUGUUCAACCGCGCGGUUUGA